AUGGCGCAAAACCUGCCCCAACGCGAAGAGGCCGAGGAAGGGGAAGAGGAAGAGCUAGAGGUAGUCAUCGACAAGGCACCGAAAGCGUUCACAGGGGAGAAACCCCUCUCGAACAACCAAUUAACCUUGAUCGACAUGCUCAUAGCGUCGAAGAAGGUGUACAUGAACGCGAAGGCGGCGGAGGAAUACGAAAUCCUUCCCCAGUUGAUCGAACAAUCAAUCAAAAUAUUCCAAACCGUGACGACCUUCCUAGGGUGGAAAGAAACCAGAGCAAAGAUCGACAACUGGCACCCGCACAAAGAGAAGAAAGUCGCGGAGUUCUGGGCGAACCACGCGAAAGAACAAAAGGAAUAG